GAGAAAAUAUAUAACUAGCGAACGCUUACAACGAACUGCUCGUUUAUGAUUAUUAUUAAUAAUAAUGAAUAUGUCAACACAAACAUUAUUUGAUGUCCGAAUGUGAAUAUCAAAUAUUGGUGAUUAAUGUGAAAUGGACAUAUAUGUAUUACCAACAUUCAAUUAGACGUAUGAUAGUCAUGACAAAUGAGUGUUAAUGAAAAUAAUAUUCCAUUCGGAUUUAGAUAUACAACAAUCCAUAUAAUAAUUAACAAGUGUUGCAUUUGCAUGUCAUAGUUUUUAUGAAACCAGUGAAUUCGACGCGGUCACGAUAAAAGUAUUUUGUUACGUUUACAAAGAAAUGUACAUUUGUAUGAAAUAGAUUGUAUCCGGAAGUCGUCAUAUUAAUUACAGAAAUCGACAAAUAAUUUAUUUGUUUUAAUUAAUGAAUGAUUGGGUAUUAACGUAGAGGCUAUUUUAAUUGGGGAAUGAUGGAUAAUGGGUGAAAAUAUGUAAACUAUUAUAUAUAUUUAACAACAUCUGUUUCACAGCGGAUAGUGCACAUUUUUUACUUAAGUAUGAUCGUUAUAGGAAAACAUCCUUAAAGAAGUUGUAUACAGCACUUGAGUACUGACAAACGUUGUACAUUUUCUUGCGAUAAAAUUCAUUGAAGGAAAAUAAUAUCAGAGCCUGUUUUGAACAGCGUUUAAAAAUAUCUAAGAAUUGAAUAAACGUGCAAGUGAUCAAAAUGACUAUGUACAACUUUACAGACCUUGAGGCUUGGCUUCAUUAUAAGGACUACGAAAAAACUUUCAUAACAAUUGAGGAUCAAAAAGAUGUCAUUGUGAAAAAGAAAUUAGAAUGUUAUGGACUUAUUUUUACGGAACCACCGAGGACAAGCAAUGGACUGUAUUGCAAUAUUACAUGGGAUGGUAUAUCAUGUUGGCCAGCCACAAAAGCAGGAACAGUAGCUGUCAAACCUUGUCCUGACUAUAUAAACAGACUUGAUCCAACAGAGAAUGUUACCCGACGUUGCGAGUCAGAUGGAAGCUGGUUUGUUAUUGCAGAUACCAAUAAAACCUGGUCUGAUUAUAGCGCAUGUGUAAUGAAUAAUAUUCCUGUCAAUGGUGUUCCUGGACAACCAGUCCCUGCUAUUAUCAAGGACCACAUGGACAACCUUACAAUUAUGAAACACACCGGUUAUGGAUUGUCAUUAGCGUCUUUGUUAGUUGCAGUAAUCAUAAUGUUAUACUUCAAAAAGCUGCAUUGUCCACGGAAUACCAUUCAUCUGAAUCUUUUCUUGUCGUUCAUCCUGAGAGCUAUCAUAUCUUUCAUUAAGAAUGGUAUUAUGAUAGAAGGUUUAGGAUUUUCCAGUGACGUCUACUAUAACGACAAAGGACAGUUAGCUUUUCUCCCAGAAGGAUUACAUUGGGAAUGUCGGAUGUUUAUGACAAUCGUAAACUAUAUAAUGGCUGCUAACUAUGCUUGGAUAUUUGUGGAAGCUUUGUACCUACAGAUGUUGAUAUCAGUAGCGGUGUUUACAGAAAAGAAACAUUUACAUAUCUAUAUGCUGCUAGGAUGGACAUUUCCCUUGGUAUUCAUUAUACCCUGGGUAGCUGUAAGAUCGACAGUGGAUAAUAAACUCUGCUGGACAACUUAUGACAUCCGUUGGGUGGAAUGGAUUAUUCAUGGACCUAUAUUAUUAACUAUUGUAAUUAAUUUUACCAUAUUUAUCAAUAUCGUCAGAGUUUUAUUUACCAAAUUGAAUUCGUCGCCGUGUCCAGAGACUAAGAAGUUUAGGUAUAGGAGACUUGCGAAGUCGACGCUUGUUUUAAUCCCAUUGUUUGGUGUUCACUAUAUGGUGUUUAGUAUAAUAUUUCAAAUUGUGGAGACCCAGUCAAAAGGACUCGGGUUGCUCAUUUACUUUUACUUGGAAAUUUUCUUUAAUUCAUACCAGGGGUUUAUCCUUUCUUUGUUGUUUUGUUUCUUCAAUUCGGAGGUUCAAAAUGAGUUUAAGAAAGCCUGGAGGAGAUACACAUUGACCCGAUCGGGAAGUUCAAGGUGGCGAUCAACAUUUACGUCACGCACCAAAUCAUGGAAAGAUCACCGGAAUUCGGAUUCAAAUGGUGUAACAAGUAGAGGGGACAAAGUUCGACCCAACGAACGUGAACUUCACUCGUCGCCAACUUUGAAUAUUACUCAAUCACCUAUAACACAAAGUAGUUAUGCUUAUGACGUAAAGACUAGUCAAGAAUUAACAGGACAAGAUAUAGAAAUAUGUGAAAAUACACCAUGGCUAAAUAAUAAUCACACUGCAUAUGUAGAACAGCAUGGGUUACCAGAAGAACACGCCGAUGAAAGUUUAUGAAAGGCAGCACUUUAUAAAGCCUUAAAAUAUUAAAACAAAGCGUCAUGAGUGCCAUCCUAAUGUUCAAAUGUAUUGAUUGACUCAAAAUAACGUACACAAUGCAGGGAUAUAUAUUCCGAAGACGUUGCUCGCAAAUGGACAUAUACGUGUAGAGGAGUUUGCUUUAUAUUAUAGAUAAAAAGACAAAGACUUAACUGAUUUAUAUAUAUGGUUGCGACUUUUAAAUGAGACAGAAAUUAAAAGAAAAUUUAGGUGCUGCAGUUUGCUCCAAUUGUCACCUUUUCUUAUUUCAUGUCGAUGUUGUAUGAUAUUUUUUUUUGCUUUAUGAUUUCAUUUUGUAAAACAUAAUGUUUGAAGAACACUUCAGGUGAUGUAACUGUAUUUUUGUCAAAUAUUUUAAAACAUGAACUAUGUCCUGUCAAAGAGUAUUAGUAACACCAAAAAAACAUUCAAACAUUUCAAACUUAAUGUCAGAUUAAAAUUUUAGGCUGAAUUUAUUUAUGUAUAGAUAUAUCCGUACAAUGAAAUGCAUCCUCGAUUGUCUAUUAACCGAGACUCAGUAUUAUGGUUCAUUAAUUUGACAAUGGCAUUUAAUGAAAUACCAGUAAUGAUGAAAAUAAACUGUUUUGGUGAACCUUGAUGAAACCUGUCUGCUACUUUAUCAUACCAUGAUGCAGAUAUUUUCGGAAUAUUGCUAGGGAUUUAUUUGAUUUUAUGUAAUUUUAAUCUCAAAAAUUCCGAUUUUAACUUAUAGAAUUUUCGGCGAUUUUUAUCAUUGGAUAUUUCAACAAAAGAUGAAAUAUUUGUGGAAUUCAUUUAUGAAUGUAUAUCAAAACAUGUUCAAUCGAUGUGGUUUCGUAAAAUAUGUUUGGCCUUUUGUACUGCAGCUACAUUUAGAAAAAAAUAGAAUUUGUAUAAAUUUAAUUUGUGUUGAUCACAACUGUAUGAUUCUAAUUUGUCAAAUUGUUUAUUCAAGUGUUUCCAAGAUAUGGUUGUAUAUUUAUCUGUGUAGUAAAUAGAAUUUAACAUAACAGUGAAUAUUGACCUUGUUAAACUAAAUCAUGGUUUAUCAUUGUUUAAAUGAAAGAAGACAUUUAUUACGAACUUUACUGUUUGUUUAUCAUGAAAACCAAUUGCGUCAAUCAGUUGUUUAUUUUAAGGGCAUACGAUACAGUUUUGAUCCUGUAUUUACAAGUUCAUGAAAAUUUGCAUAUAGGCUAUUUUUUAACUGAUUAAAUCAAAUAUG